AUCCUGUUGGCGAUGAUGUCCUUGUGUUGGAGGAGCGUUGCCGUCAGCUGGUCCGCGACCGGCCCAGCAGGUCGGUCCGGUCGCUCUUCUCAGCUUUUUAUUCCUGGAGCCACUCACGUUCUUGCGAGACGUUCGCUUUCCUUUCUUCAAGGUGCCACACACGCACUCAGCACACCUGACUGGCUUUCAACAAAUCGGGGAGCCGACAUGACGUCCAAGAUGGUCCUCAAGCAGCCUCAGCCCGUCAUGGUCCACCAAGACUCCAACGAGUGGGGCAGCGGCAUCUGCGACUGCUGCGACGACGUGCCCAUGUGCUGCUGCGCGUUCUGGUGCUUGCCUUGCUUCGCCUGCAUGACGGCCAAGAAAUACGGCGAGUGCCUCUGCCUCCCCUUGGUGGACGUCCUGCUCAGCCCCUUUGUCCCUCCCGUCACCAUGUCCACCAGGGUGUCCAUGCGCCAGCUCUACGGCAUCCGGGGCUCGAUGUUCAACGACUGCGUGUGUGCCACCUUCUGCGCGGCGUGCGUUUGGUGCCAAAUGGCGCGCGAGAUGAAGGCGCGGGCCAUCGAAAUCGUGCUGGUGAACAAACACACCAAGACCUUGGCCUAACAGCAUUACGCUCAUUUUUACACUUUGAGGGGGGUCGGGGGGGUGGGGGGGGGCACACGUUUGUAAAACGCACGCUGGCAAUCCGGCGCUCGGUCCCAACUCCCUCUUUCCUCUGCAGUGAUGCCUUGACAUAAGAGAGCUCCGAUUUACAACAGCCUUGAAUUUCACCGCUUGGUUGUUGUGGUUGUUUUUUGUUUUUUUUUUUUGGCUUUCAGUCGCAAGCAACUAAUUUGAGUAUGAAAUUCAAAUACACUGGCAUAUUUUUACACAUUCCAGCGCCAUUUUUCUUUCUGUGGAACAGGCUAAUGGCUUAUCAAUUCAUUUUCGAUGGGGAAGAUUGAUUUUUCGGGAUGGGCGCCAUGUGUCAUGGGAUAUUUUGCUUUUCUCGAGGCGAACUCACUAAUGAACUCCCAAACACUGCCAAUGCGUAUGAAGAGCCACGAUCAUUCAAUCAUUUGGUUUGGAAUUCUGAUUUCGAGAGGUAACAGCUAAUCUGCUCACUCGCACCCCCUUGAGGAUUGUAAAGGGACUGCAGGACAAAAAUGCAUCUGCGCCACUUGAGUCUUGCAAAUUGUUUCUGGAAUAAUUGAAUGAAUGACAUCCCACGCUCUUAGGUCAUUUUGAAACAUUGAUUUUCAUCCAUUCAUCUCGGGCGAUGACAUGAUUGAUUUUGUCAUUUUUCAUUCCGUUACUACGCUCAUGGUUUUGAUGUUUAUGUUGCCUCUCAAUAUUUAUCUUAUAACUAUACAAUAUAAAUAUAUAAAACGUAAAGUUGG